AUGACUGUGCCAGCACGUCGCGUCUCGAAAAGCCAUUCCGAGCAAGCAGCAGCCGGAUACUACACGGGCUCUCUCUUUGUCAACCGUUCGCAUGAGAUCCUGAUAUCCCGAAGCAACCAAGCAAUACCUAUUAAACCGGGAGAGAUGUUCCCGUCAGCAAACCUCUGGUCACAGCGGCCGGCCUUUGUGCCGGCUGUGCACCUCGGCUACAGACCUUGCAAAGUUCUUCGUUCUGGUCCAAUUCGCCCGAGUCGAAGGUUCAUCACAUCAUCAAGAAGAUGUCGGGGCAUCAUUGUGCAGAUGGGAAAAGAUCCGGUUCCUGUCUGUGCGAAGACGUUGUUCACAGAAGAUAUUGCUCGAGCGGAAUCACUAUUCGGAAAGUGCGUCUUUUCUGUGCCCAAAGGGACAGCAGCCAUGGCCGCCUCACGCGACGUGGAUAUGCCACUGAUCGCUCGAGCUUAUGGACACGUGCUUGCGAAAUCGAUUCUUGACACAAUCCCGGUAAAGCUCGAUGUAGAACGAUUAGCAAGCGCUUGCUUCUCAGCCACGGAAGGGCGAAACGAUCCCCUCCCCUUGCCUCCUUUUGUUUUUGAGCAGUGGUUAGCCUCCGUAAAAGGGUCCUCAAAGGAAUCCUCAAAGGAGUCCGCAAAGGAGUCCUCAAAGGUAGAGCAAACAGAUCCAAAACAGUUGUCAUUGCUUUCCGAGAUGUACGGACAUAUGCUCGGGCGUACAGUACGGCUGACUGCGUUCGAGCUCGACAGCAAGGUGCUUUCGGAGGCUCUCAAAGACAAGUUACGGGAUCCGAAGGCGUCAUUCCCGAUGGAUGUGGCGGAAUAUGACAAGAUGUUCAGUAAUUUGGAAGCGUGUGCUACAGCGGUGCUCGGGACGUCGAAUCUAGAUAGUGCCGAUCGGUUCUUCGAGCUGCUACGAGCGGAGGCUGAUGUUUCAGAUGCACAAGGGGACGGGUAUAUUUUGAGUGUGAACGGCAGUUUUGAAGCGAGUGGGGACAGAAGUAAGGCGGCAGACUUGACGCAAACGGUGCGCUUCGCAUGGCGGGUGAGACUGCUAGAUGGACGUUGUCUGUUUCUUCCGAACUUUUCCGAUGGGGAUGAGAAAGAACCGGAUUUCUACGAGGCAGGGAUGAACGGUUUGACACCAGCAAUGCAGAGUGUUCUCCUGGGCAUGCAUCCGGGGGAGACGCGGACGGCGUUCUUCCACCCUUACGCGGCUCUAGAGGUCCUGGAGAUGUUGAUGCCCGCUGAUCAAUUCCCACCGCAAGCUGGGGUUGUCGCGGAUGUUUAUCUUAAAGAAAUCGUGUAA